AUGUCUAUUAUUAUGUAUCCAAACCCUUAUUUAAUUGUUCUAAUUGAGACAUGUAAAAAGAUAAAAAGUAACUUUAUAUAAAUGUUCGUGUUAAAGGCAAUUUUCAAUUCAUUGACUAAAUUUUCUGAUCUAGCUUUAACUAUAUAUAUAAGGCAAAUGCAACAAAGAAAAAAAAUGCAUUAAUAUACAAAUAGUAUAUAAGAUGAUAUGGUUGAACUUUAAAAGUAUAUAUUGGGUCUAGCCAAUAUCAUAAUAAAAUUCAAAUCAGAUGAUGUACUGAAAAGCUUUUUACUAGACAGCAUAUCAAUUUAUGCUAUAUUUUGCAGUUCGUUUAUGACUCCAAAGAGAAUUAUAUUAUCAAAGGUAAACUCCAAAUGA